AUGCCCGACGAAUUCAGCGAUGAUCAGAUUGCCGCGAUACUUAGCAAAGAGGCUAAAGAAAGUUCCAUAAAAUUCUCAGCCCAUGGCAUGUCCGCAUUUCUCCCUUCCAAACCCCCCGCCAAUAAACCUAAGCCAAAUACUCGUUUCCUUCGCAAUCUUGUCCGUGAUACAGACUCGCAUAAUGCAGCGCUGCUCGCCAAGGAAGCCGCGGAGUCGCGUAAUCGUCUCGAGCAAUUAGUCACGAAAGAUACACGAAGAGCAAACGAUAUUAGGCGUCGCCAACUUGGAAGCAUUACUGCGGUUUUAAACGGGAAUGCGCCAAAACGACAGAGGACUGGUGGCGCGGCCAGGCCAAUGCGCGAUGAGGGAGCUUCCUCUGGUGGUUUGGAGGAGAGGAAGGAUCGAUCAACCAACACCGAGGACUAUCGUCAGGAUAAGGGAAGGAGAGCGCGCAAAUUCACAGAUGACGAAGAUAUGGAAGAUGUAUCAUCGUCAAAGGACAGGCAUCGGUCGCAUCGAAGCGAGUCAACACGUCGAAGCCAUCAUGAGAAGCAUAGGUCUCGGCAUCGUUUAAGAUCCCGCUCCCCUAACGAAGACAGAAGAAGUAGGGAUCCAAAACGGCGCGAACGUUCGCCUGGACGGCGCUCACUACUCUCUUCCUCCAGUCGCGAUGAGAAAUCAUACGACAGAGAACGGCGGCGGAAACCUUCACCUCACGCGGAUUCAGAUUCGGACCCCCUAGAAGCUAUUGUCGGUCCCCUGCCGCCACCAAAGGUAAAAAGCCGUGGCCGCGGCACUGUAUCGUCGACCUCUGGAAUUGACGCCCGGUUCUCGGAAAACUAUGACCCAGCGCUUGACCUAGUACCAGAGAACCAAGAAACCGACAGCAAUGGUGACGACUGGGAGCUAGUGCUGGACCGUGUGAAAUGGAAGCAACAGGGUGCGGAUAGGCUCAAGGCAGCUGGGUUUACGGAAGAAGAAAUACAGGGAUGGAAGAGUGGGAAGAAGGCAGAAGUGAAGUGGACGGCAAGUGGAAAGGAGAGAGAGUGGGAUAGGGGGAAGCCUGUCAGUGGCGUCGAUGGUGGCGCUGCAUGA